CCACGCCGCUGUCUCGGGUGCAUUCCUGGCUCUGCGGCUGGGGGCUGAGCAACUCCCGAGCAGUCUUCUGUCUCCGCUGGGCGCGGGGGUCAGGGCUGGUGGGAGCUGAGAGCCGGGCCGCGGAGGACCCAGGAAGGCAGUCAUAGGAGGCCCAGCCUGGGUCCCCGAGAGCAGCAGGAAGGAGAUGCAGCUGCUGUUGGUCCUACUGGGGGUCCUGCUGGGGGCACCUGGGGCUCCAGCUUUGUCGUUUGAGGCCUCUGAGGAAACGGAGCUGGAGCCCUGCCUGGCCCCCAGCCCGGAGCAGCAAGAGCAGGAGCUGACGGUGGCCCUUGGGCAGCCUCUGCGGUUAUGCUGUGGGCGGGCUGAGCGCAGUGGCCACUGGUACAAGGAGGGCAGUCGCCUGACACCUGCUGGCCGGGUACGAGGCUGGAGAGGCCGCUUGGAGAUUGCCAGCUUCCUACCCGAGGAUGCUGGCCAGUACCUCUGCCUGGCACGAGGUUCCUUGCUUCUGCACAACGUCACCUUGGUUGUUGAUGACUCCAUGACCUCCAGCAAUGGCGAUGAGGACCCCAAGAUCCACAGGGGCCCCUUGAAUGGGCACGUUUACCCCCAGCAAGCACCCUACUGGACGCACCCCCAGCGCAUGGAGAAGAAACUGCAUGCGGUGCCUGCCGGGAACACCGUCAAGUUCCGCUGUCCAGCUGCAGGCAACCCCAUGCCCACCAUCCGUUGGCUCAAGGAUGGACAGGACUUCCACGGGGAGCAUCGCAUUGGAGGCAUUCGGCUGCGCCACCAGCACUGGAGCCUGGUGAUGGAAAGUGUGGUGCCCUCUGACCGUGGCACGUACACCUGCCUCGUGGAGAAUUCUUUGGGCAGCAUCCGCUACAGCUACCUGCUGGAUGUGCUGGAGCGGUCCCCGCACCGGCCCAUCCUGCAGGCAGGGCUCCCGGCCAACACCACGGCUGUGGUGGGCAGUGACGUGGAGCUGCUCUGCAAGGUGUACAGUGACGCCCAGCCCCACAUCCAGUGGCUGAAGCACAUCGUCAUCAACGGCAGCAGCUUCGGUGCCGACGGCUUCCCCUAUGUGCAAGUCUUAAAGACAGCGGACAUCAAUAGCUCAGAGGUGGAGGUCUUGUACCUUCGGAAUGUGUCUGCUGAGGAUGCAGGCGAGUACACCUGCCUGGCGGGCAACUCCAUCGGCCUUUCCUACCAGUCGGCCUGGCUCACGGUGCUGCCAGAGGAGGACCUAACGUGGACAGCGACAGCACCCGAAGGCAGGUACACGGACAUCAUCCUGUAUUCGUCAGGCUCUCUGGCUUUGAUCGUGUUCCUGCUGCUGGUCGGGCUAUAUCGCAGGCAGACGCUCCUCACCCGCCACCACCGACAGCCCGCCACUGUGCAGAAGUUGUCUCGCUUCCCUCUGGCCCGACAGUUCUCGCUGGAGUCAGGCUCCUCAGCCAAGUCAAGCUUGUCCCUGGUGCGGGGUGUCCGUCUCUCCUCCAGCGGCCCCCCCUUGCUCGCUGGCCUCGUGAGUCUCGACCUGCCUCUUGACCCGCUGUGGGAGUUCCCCCGGGACAGGCUGGUGCUGGGGAAGCCCCUGGGCGAGGGCUGCUUUGGGCAGGUGGUGUGUGCAGAGGCCUUCGGCAUGGACCCCACCCGGCCGGACCAAGCCAGCACGGUGGCCGUCAAGAUGCUUAAGGACAACGCCUCCGACAAGGACUUGGCAGACCUGGUCUCUGAGAUGGAGGUGAUGAAGCUGAUUGGCCGACACAAGAACAUUAUCAACCUGCUGGGUGUCUGCACCCAGGAAGGGCCCUUGUACGUGAUUGUGGAGUGUGCUGCCAAGGGCAACCUGCGCGAGUUCCUACGGGCCCGCCGCCCCCCAGGCCCCGACCUCAGCCCUGACGGGCCUCGGAGCAGCGAGGGGCCGCUGUCCUUCCCUGCCCUGGUCUCGUGCGCCUACCAGGUGGCCCGGGGCAUGCAGUACCUGGAAUCCCGGAAGUGCAUCCACCGGGACCUGGCUGCCCGCAAUGUGCUGGUGACCGAGGACAACGUGAUGAAGAUUGCCGACUUCGGGCUGGCCCGUGGCAUCCACCACAUUGACUACUACAAGAAAACUAGCAACGGCCGCCUGCCUGUCAAGUGGAUGGCACCAGAGGCCUUGUUUGACAGAGUCUACACACACCAGAGUGAUGUGUGGUCGUUUGGAAUCCUGCUGUGGGAGAUCUUCACCCUCGGGGGCUCCCCAUACCCUGGCAUCCCCGUGGAGGAGCUGUUCUCACUGCUACGAGAGGGGCAUCGGAUGGACCGGCCCCCUCACUGCCCCCCAGAGCUGUACGGGCUAAUGCGCGAGUGCUGGCACGCAGCACCCUCUCAGAGGCCCACUUUCAAGCAACUGGUGGAGGCUCUGGACAAGGUCCUGCUGGCCGUCUCUGAGGAGUACCUCGACCUCCGCCUAACCUUUGGACCCUACUCCCCUGCCGGCGGGGACGCCAGCAGCACCUGCUCCUCUAGCGACUCUGUCUUCAGCCACGACCCCCUGCCACUGAGGCCCGGCUCCUUCUCCUUCCCCGGGGUGCAGACGUGAGCAGGAGCACAAGGCUGUAUGGGCAAGGUCGGCUGCCAGCCUUGGGCCUCCUGGCUCAACUGCAACCAGGUGGUGCUCGACCUUGACAGCCCCAGACCCUGAUCUAAGGGUCCUAUCCCAGAUCUCAGGUUCUGUUUGGGGGAGGUCUGGUCCUUGGUCCUGGGGACCCUAGUUUUGAGACUUCCUUCUCUGGCCUCUGGGUCUCAAGCCAGAGUUCAACCCCAGUCUCAAGGCCCUGUUCUUUGGAGUCGUGGCCCCAGGGUUCUAAUGACUUGUUAAGGUUCUGCUUGGACUUCUGGGCCUUGGCACUCCGUCCUUGUUCUGGGGCUUUGGUUGGACCUGGCUGCAGGGCUGUCUUAAACCUCCCCGCUUCCCCAUACCAAGAGAGGUCUUAGACCUCUAAACCCCACUUCCCCAGGCCUUCCCUGCCUCCCUCUGCUGCUUGUCCCAACAUCUUGAUGGAAGGAGCCCUUGUGCCCACCCCAUCCCCACACUGCCCCGUGCUGGCUGAGAGGCUGGGAGCCUGCCAAAACACAGAAACAAAUGACCUUUUAUAAAUUAUUUUUUUGAAAU